GCCUCUUCUCAUGGACACAGACACUCAACAGGUAUGCUGUGGUUGUCAUCUAUGCUCUGGUCUUUCUGCUGAGCCUGCUGGGAAACUCCCUGGUGAUGCUGGUCAUUUUAUAUAGCUGGGCCACCUGCUCUGUCACUGAUGUCUACCUCCUGAACCUGGCCAUGGCCGACCUGCUCUUUGCUCUGACCUUGCCUAUCUGGGCUGCCGUCAAGGCAAAGGGCUGGAUCUUUGGCACACCCCUGUGCAAGGUGGUCUCACUCUUGAAGGAAGUCAACUUUUACAGUGGAAUUCUACUACUGGCCUGCAUUAGCGUGGAUUGCUACCUGGCUGUUGUUCAUGCCCCACGCACUCUGACUCAGAAGCGGCACUGGGUCAAGUUCAUAUGCUUAGGCAGCUGGGCUCUAUCUCUGAUCCUGUCCCUGCCCAUCUUCGUUUUCCAUAAGGCCUAUCAACCACCUUUAUCCAGCCCAGUCUGCUAUGAAGAUCUUGACAAUUCAACUAAAUGGUGCAUGGUGAUGCGGGCCCUGCCCCAGACCAUUGGCUUCCUUCUGCCACUGCUGGUCAUGCUGUUCUGCUAUGGGCUCACCCUGUGCACACUGUUUCAGGCCCACAUAGCAAAGCACCGGGCCAUGCGGGUCAUCUUUGCUGUCGUGCUUGUCUUCCUGCUCUGCUGGCUGCCCUACAACCUGGUCCUGUUGUCAGACACCCUUCUGAGGAUCGGGAUGAUCAAGGAUAGCUGUGGUCGCCGAAAUGACAUUGGUCGGGCCCUGGAUGCCACCGAGAUUCUGGGCUUCCUUCACAGCUGCCUCAAUCCCCUCAUCUACGCCUUCAUUGGUCAGAAGUUUUGCCAUGGACUCCUCAAGAUCAUGGCCAUCCAUGGCCUGAUCAGCAAGGAAUUCUUGGCCAAGGAGAGCAGGUCUUACUUUGUUGGAUCUUCUUCAAGGAACACUUCUACUAUCCUCUAAGACCCUCGCUGCUGGAG